AUGUCAACACAAACGCCGCAAAGUCCAGAUCCCUCGGGGCUAGGAGAAUCCUGGGUGAUCGCAUCGACUACCCUGACCAACGAACAAAAGCCUAGCUCUGCAACUACUGUUGAGCCUGUCGGCUCAGAAACAACAUGCGACCGGGUAGAGGAGAAUCGCGAUACUGCCAAGACGGCAAACGACACACGCCAAACGCCAGAUGCAUCCAAAGCGCAAUCCCAGCGUGAGAAGGAACUGUCAGAGUCGCUGGCCUCUUCUGCAUCAUCAUGGGGUUCUUCCGGUCCAGAGCUCGUCAUGCCUUCCUUCUACGAGGUUCCCAUCUCAGAGGCGUCCUGGGUGGCACCCGACGUGCCAUCCACGGGCAAGAGUUCCCCGCAUAUGAGAAAGCGUCGCAAGAUCACACCAGAUUCCAAGAAAAUUCAAAAUCUGAAUAGGCGGCUGGAACUGGAAGCGGAAGCACCUCCAUCGGGCCUGCCCACGUCAGGCCAUGGCGAUCGGAAACCAAGCAUAUCCGCACAGUUCUCAUCGCUCUACCGGAAUCAGCAGACACGAUUACGCCUGGGUCUCAACACGAUUCUCAUCACUCUUAUCAUGCAUCUCCUCGUUUUGCCUGAAAUCAUUUAUCAAGCCCCGGCUCUGUGCGCCGUACCCUUCAUCCAUUCCACCUAUUCAUCUAGCUGCAUCGCGCUUCAUCCACGACCCCUUCCAUCCUCCCCUUUCCAUCUACAAGGCGAAGCUCUUCCUCGCGAAGUAACCACCAUCGCCACACAACAUACACUGCAAGCAAUCUUCGCCAGCACCCUUUCGACCCUGAUGCCCCUUUCGCACGUUCUCAAAGACAGCGAGUCCACAUUGUCGACACUCCAAACUAACCUCCAAACCAGCCUACCAGAGGCUCGCAACGCCUUGGAUCUCGAAUUUCAAGGCAGCGAAGCUGCCCUGCGGGCCGCCGCGUGGGAAUUCGACUCGUUGCGUGCGGAUCUCCGGUCUGCCACUGACAGUCUCUUAGCAUCCCCGGUCACCAUGGAAUCCGGAGAUGCGACCUCAAUCGCCCGCGAUACCAGAUUCGCCGCGCAAUUGCGCCGACGCGGUGAAUACUUGGAUCGUCUUCGGACGCAAUUGCGCAACAAGGCUGAAUCUCUCGGCGGGCGGUUCGCCACCUUGGAUGAUCAUCUCGAGGCUAUCGAGAGCAUCGUCUCACGCGAGGCACGACGAGCCUGGAUGGACGGGGGGGAUUUCGAUCCUAAUGGAGGAGCAAAGUUUCGUGCGGAAGGUCUUUUACAGUCUCUUUCAAAUUAUGCCGCAUUCAGUGCCCGCCUUUUCGGCGCGGGAUCCGGUGCCCGUCCGAGCGAUCAAUCGGCAGAUGCCGAUGCUUUGGCCUCUGGUGAUGCCGCAUCGGUAAAGAGACCGACUAGUACUCUUGCGCUACUGAGACUGGCCGCAACACAGCAUCGUGCCGUUGCAGAUGAAGUCGCUCGCUUGGCCAGGGCAUUGCGUGAAGAACAACGGGCGCGAUCGGAUCUUCCUUGGUGA